AUGGACUUCUUUCAACCUCCAACUCUAGGUCACAGACGAGAGGGGCCGUUGUCGUUUGCACCUGGUGAGGAUGGUGCUGUGCAUCCUUCUCUGAUACAUAGAAAUAUACCGACUGGUGUUGCUGGCAGUAAUACUACACUAACUCCAGAUAUGAUUCCGAAUAUGAAUUAUUCAAGAUCUGAUAUUGGUAACGACGAAAAUUCGAGAGUUUGGGAAGAAGAAAAUAUUUCAUCGUCCGAAGAAGAGAUCAAACGGCCAAGGCCUUCCUAUAAGAGUUUACUUUGGAUUCCUCUUGUAAUAAUUUUGAAUUUAUGUGUUGUCUUGUACUUUUAUAUUCCUCUUCACAAAAAAUUGAAUAUUAGUAUGAUUUGGAAUUUGGACGAUUUAAAGAAAGUCUAUGGAGCCAUCACUAGUAAAGAGGCCGAAAAGCACUCCUUUGAACUUUGGUGCUUAUUUUGCUCUCUCUAUUUAUUUAACCAAAUAUCGUGUAUGCCAGGAACUGUUUUUCUUAACAUAAUAUCUGGGUCUAUGAUGGGAACAAUUUAUGACUUUUUAUUGAGCUUUGAAUGGUUCAAAGUACGAGUUUCUAAAUUAUCCGCAAUAUUACAGGGGUAUAGAAAAAAAGGAGGUUUUAAAAUGACAUGGUUUUUGAUAUCAUUAAGAUUGUUUCCAUUGACACCGAAUUGGUUUGUCAAUAUUUCUGGACCAGUACUUGGAAUUACAGCGACUGAACAAAUUUAUUCUGUAUUUAUUGGGAUGAUUCCCUUCAAUUAUAUUACUGUUCAUGCUGGGCUGUUACUUUCAGAACUUACAACUGUGAAUGAUAUUUAUCAACCAAAAACUGUGUUUUUGCUGCUAUUCCUCUCCCUCCUUUCUCUCAUUCCUGCAAUUAUGAGAAGGUUUGAAAAACCAAAGGACGAAAAAGAGGAUGCAAUGAAAUCUGACCUUCCGACAACACUUCCAACAUUUGGAAGCAACACCUUUAAUCACUCAUUCAAACCUCAACAUGAGUUUAUUCACGAUACCAUGAAGGCAUCAAAAGGCAUGGUUGUAAAUAGCGUCAAGUUUUUAUCCAAAAUGAUUGAACAGCAAAGUAAUCAAUAUUUUGGAUCUACCUCAAAAGCAUUCUCUGAUUCCCACAAGAUUGUGUAG